AUGCCACAGGAAACCUUACCCAACUCAAUUUUCGCAUCUCCUCAUAAGAGAGGAUUGACUUUCAAAGGUUCAGCUUCAGCUUGUAACAACAAUGAGGCUUCUUCAUACACUGUGAUGUCGGAGGAGAGCAUCAACGAUCAUGAAUUGGCUCAGAGGAAAGCAGAGGAAGCAGCUUCAAGGAGAUACGAAGCAGCAGAAUGGCUUCGCCAAAUGGACAAUGGCGCAUCUUCAUCGCUCUCCAAAGAACCUUCCGAAGAAGAAUUCUGCCUCGCACUUCGCAACGGCCUCAUUCUCUGCAACGUCCUCAACAGAGUCAACCCCGGCGCUGUCGUCAAGGUUGUCGACAAUGCGGUGGUCGACAACCUCGCCCUUCAGUCUGCCGAGGGACCCGCACAGUCCGCAAUUCAGUAUUUCGAGAACAUGCGAAACUUUCUUGAGGCCGUCAACGACAUGAAGCUUUUGACAUUCGAAGCUUCCGAUUUGGAAAAGGGGGGUUCGUCGAGCAAAGUUGUGGACUGCAUUCUCUGUUUGAAAGGGUAUUAUGAGUGGAAGUUGUCGGGUGGAGUAGGGGUGUGGAGAUAUGGUGGAACUGUUAGGAUUACUUCCUUCCCCAAAUGGUCUCCUUCUAACAUACUCGGCAUUGAAAGUGUUGAUGAGUCUGAGUCAUCACAGUUUCUUCAUCUGUCUGGAGAGGUAUCAGUUGAAGAAACAAAAGCUGCUAAUGCUUUGACUUCCCUUUUUGAUCAGUUUGGACUCAAGCUUCUCCUGGCUUACCUAAGAGAGGCUGAUGGGGUUGAUGAUCUGCCGUUGAAUGCAAUGGUAAUAGAUUCUUUGCUCGGGAAGAUUAUCAGGGAUUUUUCUGCAUUGCUUGAUUCUCAAGGCACUCAGCUUGGACAUUUCCUGAAAAAGAUAUUGAAAGGCGAUACUGGUGGCCUCUCUAAGAGAGAUUUCGUAGAAGCUAUCACAUUAUAUCUUAAUCAAAGACGUAGUUUGGCAUCAAAUGAUAUCUCAAAACUAUGCACUUGUGGUGGGAAACGAGACAGUAAUCAGCAGAGUGUCAAAUAUUGUGCCAAACAUGCUGAAAUAAUUGAUGCCCAGCAAAAAGAGCUUGAGGGACUGAAGUACUCCUAUGAAGAGAUAAAAUUGGACCUCAAACAAAUUCAAUCAAAGUGGGACCAACAAUUGAGCACGUUCGAGAGUCAUAUAAAGAGCCUUGAAGAGGCCUCCUCUUCCUAUCACAAAGUUUUGGAGGAGAAUCGUUUUCUUUACAAUCAAGUACAAGACCUCAAAGGAGCCAUUAGGGUCUACUGUAGAGUGAGGCCCUUCUUACCAGGACAACCAAAUGGUCAAUCUACUGUAGAUUAUAUAGGAGAAAAUGGAAACAUAAUGAUUAUGAAUCCCCUUAAGCAAGGAAAAGAUGCCAGGAGGGUGUUUUCAUUCAAUAAGGUGUUUGCAACAAGUGCCACCCAAGAACAAAUAUACGCUGAUACUCAACCAUUGGUUAGGUCCGCCUUAGAUGGAUAUAAUGUAUGCAUCUUUGCAUAUGGACAGACUGGGUCAGGAAAGACCUACACAAUGAGUGGGCCUGAUCUGAUGACUGAAGAGACUUGGGGUGUAAACUACAGGGCUUUGCGCGACUUAUUUCAUAUUUCAAAGGAAAGAGCAGAUGCCAUAAAAUAUGAAGUUGGCGUCCAGAUGAUUGAAAUAUACAAUGAACAAGUGAGAGAUUUAUUAGUCAGCGAUGGCUCUAACAGAAGAUAUCCUUCAAGCCGUACUUGCUAUAUACGAAACAACUCUCAAUUAAAUGGGCUUAAUGUGCCUGAUGCAUCUUUAGUUCCGGUUAAUUGCACACAAGAUGUUCUUGAUUUAAUGAAAAUUGGUCAGAGGAAUCGUGCUGUUGGUGCUACAGCUCUAAAUGAGCGAAGCAGCCGUUCUCAUAGUGUGUUGACAGUUCAUGUCAGAGGGAGGGACUUAGUAUCUAACUCCAUUCUUAAGGGUUGUCUUCAUCUUGUGGAUUUGGCUGGAAGUGAGAGAGUGGACAAAUCCGAGGCUGUUGGCGAGAGACUAAAGGAGGCUCAGCAUAUAAAUAAAUCUCUUUCUGCACUUGGGGAUGUUAUCUCUGCUUUGGCACAGAAGAGUCAACAUAUUCCUUAUAGAAAUAGCAAGCUCACACAAGUUCUACAAGAUUCAUUAGGUGGUCAUGCAAAAACUUUGAUGUUUGUUCAUAUAAAUCCUGAGCUUAAUGCUCUUGGAGAGACAAUUAGCACACUUAAGUUUGCAGAGAGGGUUGCGACCAUUGAGCUUGGGGCUGCUCAAUCUAAUAAAGAAACUGGAGAAAUUCGGGAGCUAAAGGAUGAGAUAUCAAAUAUCAAAUCAGCAUUGGAGAAGAAAGAAACUGAACUACAGCAGUGGAAAGCUGGGAAUGCACGAAAUCCUAUGGAAUCUCAGAAAGCACCAAGAGCUGUUUCACCUUUCCGUUUGCCCAAAAAUGGUACCAGUGACAGCAUGAAGCCUGAAAACUAUCUAAGACACAUGGAUGAUAGAAGCUCCGAGGCUAAAACUUGUUCUUCGGGUAAGCUAAGAAGGUCAAGAUUUCCCUCAACAAAUAUAGAAAAGGAGUCCAUACCAAAAAUGUCUAUUUUGGCUGAAGAAAAAAUAGUGAGCUCAGGGAAAGGUAGAUCACCAUCACCUCCAGUCAAGAGGAGAUCAAUAUCAACUGAUAGAGGGUCAGUUAUUAAAAGCAAGGUCCGAAGUGACACAGUAGAAAAUCAACAAAUAUCAAAGCAUCUACUUUCAGCUAGAGUACUAGUAAAUAAAUCUCUUGUCUCAAUGCCAAUGCCCUCGUCUAUAGACAAUAACUCAAGGGUGAAUCUGCAUUCACAGGAGUCACUGAAGCAAGAUAGUACUAAUGAAACUCUCUUCAACCUCCAGAAGGUAAACUCCAGGAAAGUUAAUGACGAACAUGAAGAGGAACAACUCAAGCAAGCUGCUCUUGGUGUGGUAAGACAAGGUGGAACUAGGAAAAACAGGCCUGACAGUAAGGCCAAGGUUAAGCCUCAUCAACAAAUGCCCUUCAGGAUUCAAAAGCCUGAUAUGAUACCUAUUUCUGACACGGACAUUGGCCGUGAAAUGACCAUGGAGGCACCUCGAAAGAGCAAUUACCGUGAGCCAGAAAAUGAUAUAAGCCUCAUGGAGUCUGCAGUCCUUGGUGCUAAUCUUAAAAAAAUACAUCAGAACAUCUCUAGGAAUUUUCAGAACAUUGGAUCAAGAGGAAUAGAGCAAGCAGCUGAACCAUUAUUGUCGAGCAAAGUUGAAAAUAAAAUAUUACAACAAGGUUCAGGACGCAAUCUUAAGGAAGGCACCAAUAGUACAUUGCCUGAAUUUAGAAGGAGCCGAUCUACGCCACGUGGAAAGUUAUUUGUUUUAUCUUGA